GAGGGUGAGGGAUGGGGGAGAGAGGGUGAGGGAUGGGGGAGAGAGGGUGAGGCCUGAGUUGUUGGAGUUUGUUGGAGACUGGCCUUCAGAGGAGGUACUGGAGCAAAGAAGAGGAGGAGGAGGAAGGAAUGGAAGGCGCGCUGGGAGGGAGGGAGAGAGAGGUGGUGAGGGGGAGGAGGCAGAUCCCAGAGGCAGCCAAUCAGAAGGGCAUCCUGGUCGCGGGCCUCAUGUCACAGAGUUCCAGAAGCUUCUAGAGCUCUUACAGACAGGUGUUGACUCCUUCCCCCUGCCCACCUUCCCCUCCCCCGUCCCCUCCCUUAGCUCAGACCGUUCCCUUGGAGAAGGAGGAGAGAGGGGUGAGGCAGGAGGGAGGAGAGGGGAGGCUGAUAAAGACAGAGUCCUGAGUCGGGAGGAAUUACCUGACUGUGUGUUGGCUGACCCUAACUCAACCCAGGUGGUUGGAUCCAACACCGUGGAGCAGAGGGAGGGAGAGACCAUUCAGGCUGCCGGAGAGGGGGGGACUCGGGGUUUAGUUGAGAAAGACUUGUUGGAGGUAGGAGGAAGCCAUCUUGGUAAGGUCAGUCAGUGUACUGAUAGUGACAGCCAUGUUGGUGAGGUCAGUCAGUGCACGGACGCUAGUGAGACCAGGAUGGAAGGUGAAGUCGGCCAUCUUGGUCGGGGCAGUCAGUGUACUGAUAGUGACAGCUAUAUUGUUGAGUGCAGUGUGGAAGCUGGUGAAGGCAGCCAUGUUGGUGAGGUCAGUCAGUGUACUGACGCUAGUGAGACCAGGAUGGAAGGUGAAGUCGGCCAUCUUGGUGGGGGCAGUGAGGAGCAGAGGCAGAGUCGCUGGGCUGAGAAACAGUGCAAGCUGGCGCUCACCUUCACAAACCACACCCCUCCCUCCCCCAAACCACAGACAGACCCUGACCUCGACCCUAAUCUCGACUCUGACCUCGACCCUAAUCUCGACUCUGACCUUGCCCCUGACCUUAACCCUAACUCAGACCUCAACCCUAAUCUCGACUCUGACCUCGACCCUAAUCUCGACUCUGACCUCGACCCUAAUCUCGACUCUGACCUCGACCCUGACCUUAACCCUAACUCUGACCUUGCCCCUAAUCUCGACUCUGACCUCGACCCUAAUCUCGACUCUGACCUCGACCCUAACCUUAACCCUAACUCUGACCUUGCCCCUAAUCUCGACUCUGACCUUGCCCCUAAUCUCGACUCUGACCUCGACCCUAACCUUAACCCUAACUCUGACCUUGCCCCUAAUCUCGACUCUGACCUUGCCCCUAAUCUCGACUCUGACCUCGACCCUAACCUUAACCUUAACUCUGAUUUUGCCCCUAAUCUCGACUCUGACCUCGACCCUAACCUUAACCCUAACUCUGACCUUGCCCCUAAUCUCGACUCUGAUCUCGACCCGAACCUCGACCUUAACCCUAACCUCGACUCUGACCUUGCCCCUGACCUUAACCCUAACUCUGACCUUGACCCUAAUCUCGACUCUGAUCUCGACCCAAACCUCGACCUUAACCCUAACCUCGACUCUGACCUUGCCCCUGACCUUAACCCUAACUCUGACCUUGCCCCUAAUCUCCACUCUGACCUUGCCCCUUAUCUCCACUCUGAUCUCGACCCUAAUCUCCACUCUGAUCUCGACCCUAAUCUCGACCCUAAUCUCGACUCUGAUCUCGACCCUAACCUCGACCCUAACCUCAAACCUGACCUCAACCCUAAUCUCGACUCUGACCUUAACCCUAAUCUCCACUCUGAUCUCGACCCUAAUCUCGACUCUGAUCUCGACCCUAAUCUCGACUCUGAUCUCGACCCUAACCUCGACCCUAACCUCAAACCUGACCUCAACCCUAAUCUCGACUCUGACCUUAACCCUAACCUUAACCCUGACCUCGACUCUGACCUUAACCCUAACCUCAACCUUGACCUCGACUCUAUCCUUAACCCUAACCUCGAUCUCAACCCUAACCUCAGCCCUAACCUCGACCCCGACCUCUACCCUAAUCUCAACCCUGACCUCUACCCUAACCCCCACCGCCCCUCCCCUCCUCCGUCAUUGGCCGACACAGAUCGCUCCUCCCAGACCGACCCGCAAGACUUUGCCUUCCUCUGGCGUCUCGACCACAAUCGUCGCGACAACCCAACCGUGGCCGCGGGAUACCACUUUCCCCCUAACAACACCCUCGCCAUUCUCCACGGCAACCCUUCCCGUUUCCUCCCAGAGGUCUCGGCGGCGGUCUCGGCGGGCGUUGCGGUUCACCCCUCCGGCCAGCGCGUGGUGCCAUACCGUGUGACGCACGAGAAGGGGAGCCAGGUGGAGGAGAGGGAGCUGGAGGAGGGCCGGACCAGACAGCAGAACCUCGUCAUUCUCAGGCGCCAUUUUAAACUGGUCAACAGACACACUCUGGAGGACCUCUAUGACAAGUGUCAGCAGGAUCUGGAGUGGACCAGUAAUCUGUUGCUAGACUCUGGAGAGAGACUGUUCCUCGAGGAAGAGGAUGAUGAUGAAGAAGAGGGUGAUGAAGAUCUGGACAUGGCCGUACGUGUGGGGCUGGAGGAGAGGACAGAGAGGCGGGUUACGCCCCCAGGAGAGCAGGCUUCGGCCUCCAGCCGUUCUGGUAGUGAGGCGGUUGUUGUAUUGGGAAGAAGGGAGGAGGAAGAGGAGGCGUGGAGGACAGGAGGGGCGUGGACAAGGGAGAACAUGGAGAGGUCUGGUCCAGGUGGUGUUAACAGGAGAGAUGGAGCUGCCAUGAUGAAAGAGUCUCAGCUGUUUGACCUGUUCCCCAGCAUGGACAGACACUUCCUACAGGACAUCUUCAGAGACCACAAUUACUGUCUGGUGCAGACAGAGCAGUUUCUGAGGUCUAUGUUGGACGAGGGCCCUGUGAGGAACGUUGUGGCCCCAGAGCACACCCCCCGUACUCAGAGCAAGGAUCGAGACAAGAGGCGUGCAGCAGCAGCAGCAGUGGCCCCUCCACAGUCCCUCUCUCAGUACCAGGAUGUGGAGGACCCAGAGUAUGAGGACUACCGGGCCGAGGCCAGGCUGCAGAGAGGCAGGCAGCUGGAGAGCUUCAGCAAGGCCGCAGAGGCUUACAGACAGGGACGCAGAGAUGUAGCCUCCUACUAUGGACAACAGGUGGGGGG